CAGGUCGGUAACGAUUGGCGAGAUAUAGUGACUGAGAAUUAUUUUCAUUUGGCUCAUUAGCGUUGGACCAUUGGUAUUCAUUUUUGUGUGGUAAAUUGUCCCGGUAUUGAAAGUUUUUCAUUUCGCAUUUUUUUAUUUUUCUAAUAAAAAAUUUGUUGAACCUACGCUUUUGUGUAAAACUAAUGUAGAAAAAUUAAAAAAAGCAAAAAAUUCGUCAAAUAAUGUUUUUAAAGCUUUGUUAAAAAAAAAUACAAACGAUUAUGGUAAACCUGGUUUAAUCUAAAACUGACGUAUGUUGAGGUGCAAUUAAAAUUUUAUGACAUAUUAAUUAAUCAAAUCAAACCUUGAGUCCAAGUCCAAGAAACAAGGAAGAUUGAAAUCCCGCUGUAAUAAAAGAAAAGUAUUAUACUGCGAGAUUGUACACUGUACAUAGUGGAGGUGGAAAAUUACAGUGAAGUACUUAGCACAACAAACCGACAUUAUUGCACACGUAAACAUGAAUAGCGAGGUGAAACAUAGCCAAAAAAACCCGGAGGAAAAAUCGAAUUUUCUGAGUCUGUUAGUCUUCGGGUGGAUGGCACCUAUAUUUUGGAAAGGGGCGAAACGGGAUCUACAAAUAACUGACCUGCAGUACGAUCCAUUGAAAACAGACCAGUCCGAAUACCUCGGUGAUAUUUUGGAGAGAGAAUGGUCAAAAGAAUUACUAGAAUCGGAGGCUGAGUUGACGCGAAAAGAGAACGGCGAAAAGAAGGCGAAAAGGCGGGCGAGUCUGACGCGGGCGAUAAUCAGGGCCUUCUGGUUCCCUUACAUGUUACAAGGGCUGCUUUUGCUGGUUCAGUCAACGGCGUUGCACGUCUCUCAGCCUAUGUUGCAAGAGUGGAUAAUCGGGUACUUCAACCAUGGCGAGAAAAACCUCGUAACGCAAACCGAGGUCCUCGUCUAUGCCGGUUGCCUGGUAAUCGUGACUCUCCUUGUCGUCUUUAUAACUCACCACACGACUCUGCGCACGCAGCAAAUUGGUAUGCGAGUCAGGGUUGCUUGCUGCUCGAUUUUGUACCGGAAGAUUCUCCGAAUCGAUCAGGCUUCCUUUAACAACACCGCCUCUGGACGGGUUGCGAAUUUAAUCAGCAAUGACGUUGCUCGGUUUGACAUGGUCCCGGUAUUUCUUCACCACAUUUGGAUAAUGCCGAUACAGGUGAUGUUGAUAGGAUACGUGAUGUGGCGAUCUGUCGGUGUGGCUUCGUUGGUGGGAAUCGGAACAAUGAUGUUACAGACAAUACCGAUUCAAGGGUAUUUGAGUCACCUCAGCGCAAAGUUGAGGUCAAAGAUUGCAGUGAAGACGGACGAGCGCGUGCAUUUGAUGAGCGAACUGAUUUUGGGUAUUCAGGUAGUGAAAAUGUACUCGUGGGAAAAACCGUUCGAAUCGAUCAUGUCGAAGGUUCGAGGUCUGGAAGUAAAACUGAUCGGCUACACUUCAUACUUGAGAGGAUUCUAUCUGAGCGUUAUGGCGUUCUCCGAAAGAGUUUCGCUUUAUUUAACCCUUAUCACGUUUGUCAUUAUGGGGAAUUCCCUCACCGCUCAAAUCACCUUCGUUCUCGCCAGUCUGUUCAGCAUUCUACAAUUCUCCUGCACAAUCUGCUUCCCUCAGGCUAUCAUACAGGCGGGUGAAGCCAACGUGUCUUUGAAUAGACUAACGGAUUUCCUAUUACUUGAUGAAUUCAAGCAUACAGAAAAUUUUCCCGUUACAACCGAAAUCGAGAAGAAUGGAGUUUCGAAUAACACGGAGAGAAUCAAGUCUCCGGGUCAGCAAACAAGAAACGAAGUUGGAAUAGAGAUGUGUAAAAUUGCCGCUAACUGGGUUCACGGUCAGCUGCCACCGACGCUUUCUGAGGUCUCUUUGACCAUAACUGCCAGGUCACUGUGCGCUCUGGUCGGUCCAGUUGGCUCAGGGAAAUCGUCACUGCUUCAUCUGGUGCUGGGUGAGCUGCCGAUCAGAGCUGGAAGACUGUCAUUGUUCGCCGGCGGAAAUGGGUCGAAAACCAAGAUCAUUGAUACUCGAGAUAUCCGCAUCUCAUACGCCAGUCAAGAUCCAUGGCUGUUCUCCGGUUCCGUUAGGGACAACAUUCUUUUGGGUCAGCCGUUUGACAAGGAAAGGUACCACGAGGUAACCAGAGUAUGCGCGUUGCUGAAGGACUUCGAGCAGCUUCCUCAGGGCGACUUAAGCUUUGUCGGGGAAAGAGGAGCGGCUCUUUCCGGAGGGCAGAAGGCUCGGGUCAAUUUGGCCCGAGCGGUUUACAGAGACGCUGACCUCUACCUGCUCGACGACCCUCUAAGUGCAGUUGACCCUCGAGUUGGCCGGCACUUGCUCGAGGAGUGCAUCAGUGGAUUCCUGAAAGGAAAAACCCGGAUCCUUGUCACUCAUCAGCUUCAAUAUCUCCAGAAGGCAGAUACUGUCGUUGUUCUCAAUCACGGUUUCGUUGAACACCAGGGGACCUUUGCUGAACUGGCCAAAUCGAAUUGUCACAUUUUCGGUUCCGAGCUGUCUGACGAAAACAACGAAGCCGCUCACUGUAAUGACAACAAUUCCGACGAAUUGGAUUGCAAGACGCAAACGACUAAAUUUUGGGAUGAGCUGAGGUUGACGAGUCACAGAGUGGUCGAAGGGGCCAUCAGAGAUGAGGAAGCAGCGACUGGAAAAAUGUCGAACAAAGUAUACCAAGGGUACUUAACAGCCGGUAAUAGUUUGUGUUCGCUCAUAUUUAUAGCAGCGAUAUUCAUUGCUGGCCAAAUAGCGGUGAGUGGAACCGAUUACUGGGUCGCGUAUUGGACGAACCAGGAGACUCAGAAGGUGGCGUCGAUGGAGUCUACGGCAAAUGUUGACUGUCGAGAAACGACGAGCAUAAAGUUAUCGGACUUGAAGUGGUGCGAUGAGUUCAGAUUGCUGAGUUCAAAUCUUCCAAUUUACAUCUAUACAUUCUGCAUUGCUGGUCUCGUUAUAUUGACGACACUGCGAAGUUUCCUCUUCGUCAGGAUGUGCAUGAACGCAAGUCGCCAGAUUCACGAUUCAAUGUUCAACAACAUUCUGAGGGCUACAAUGAGGUUUUUCAACACUAAUCCGUCCGGACGGAUCAUGAAUCGAUUUUCAAAGGACAUUGGAACGAUGGACGAGGUGCUGCCAAAGGUAAUGCUCGAGGCGCUUCAGAUAUUCGCUAUUCUGUUGGGGAUUAUGGCGAUGGUGGUAAUUGUCAACCACUGGAUGAUUAUACCGACCGUGGUGAUGGCGGUGGUUUUGUACGUGGUUAGAAUCUACUACCUGAAAACAGCUUUGAACGUGAAGCGCCUUGAAGGCAUGGGUAAGGCCAAAAGUCCGGUUUUCUCACACGUCAAUUCUACCCUCGCGGGACUUACGACCAUCAGAAGCAGGGGAAAAUCGGUACAGGAAUUACUGAUGCGAGAGUUUGACCGUCAUCAAGACGCCCACACGGGCGCUUGGUACCUCACCAUUGUCGCCUCGAACGCCUUUGGCUUCAUUCUUGACCUCGUUUCCUGCAGUUUUAUUGCCUGCGUUUGUUUCUCCUCAAUCCUGAUGGACGAUGAAAGCACUCUUCCUGGUUCCGUCGGACUCGCCAUUAGUCAAUCGCUGAUACUGACUGGCCUUGUUCAGUACGGUGUCCGGCAGAGCACAGAGGUUAUCUCGCAGAUGACCUCCGUCGAAAGAGUUCUACAGUACACUAAUGACUUGCCCAAGGAGGGACCUUUCACCAGUAAUAACACUCCCGCGUCGACUUGGCCUUUGAAAGGUGGUUUAAUAUUGAAUAAUGUCUCGAUGAGGUACGUCGAGGACAAGCCACCGGUUCUUAAGAACCUAAACUUGACGAUAAACCCUGGCUGGAAGAUUGGUAUAGUGGGAAGAACCGGGGCUGGAAAGUCUUCUAUAAUAUCAGCGUUGUUUCGGCUGACUGAAGUUGGAGGUGAGGGUGAAAUACAGCUGGAUGGGAUCGACACGAAGUCCAUCGGACUGCACGAGCUGCGACCCAGAAUCUCGAUCAUCCCUCAGGAGCCGAUUUUGUUCUCGGCGAGUCUCCGGUUCAACUUGGAUCCCUUCAACCAAUUUUCGGAUGCCGAGCUUUGGGACAGUCUGCGGCAAGUUGAGCUUGGUGACGUGGUGCAGACCCUCGAUUUCAAGGUCACCAGGGGCGGAGUAAACUUCAGCGUUGGACAACGCCAACUGAUAUGCUUAGCUAGAGCCGUUCUCAGGAGGAAUCGAAUCCUCGUUCUUGAUGAAGCAACCGCCAAUGUUGACCGAGGAACCGAUGCUCUGAUCCAAAAGACCAUCAGGCAGAGAUUCACUGAUUGCACGAUACUGACGAUUGCUCAUAGAAUCAACACGAUAAUGGACAGUGACCGCGUCUUGGUCAUGGCGGAAGGCCGUAUCGUGGAGUUCGGUCAUCCCUAUUCACUGUUGAAAAAUCAUCAGGACGGUCCGUUUUCGGAAAUGGUCAAACAAACCGGCAGUUCGACGUCGAAAAAAUUAAUUGCCAUCGCCGAGAGCGCUUAUCAAUUGACGAACUCUGGAUUGGAGGAAAAUCUAAACGAUACUUUAGUCACUAACAAUCAAGAUAACUCGACGUAUUUGUAGCGAUUCGAUUGCACCAGCAGCUUUAACGUUAUCACUUCAUUAUCCAUGCUUCAUUAUUUAUAAUUUUAUACUACCAUGCCCGAAUUGUAUUAGUACAUGAUUCGAUGCAACAUUGUGUUUCGAAUCGAUCAUCGAAUUAUUCACAUUUCAGUUCACACUCAGUUGAAACUGUCACUGACAAUUACCAACAAUAAAUGUACAUGCACGUACAAAAUACGGUAUUGUGCGAAAGAGCCACAAUCUACACUAAGAAAAAAACUUAAAUCACUAUAACGUAGUUCUGAAGAAUUGGAAAAAAGACAGCGUACGUCAGAUUCCUUGUAUCGUUUGAGGAAAUGUAGUCAAGCUGUUAUGGGAAGUACCAGAGCGAUGUAUGUUUCCCAUCUCUGCAAUAUGACUAUACGCAGAAUUACUCCAGGAUAAAAUAUCGCGAACAGUUUUUCUCUAACGUCAGACUUCCUAUAAUAUGACGACCACUUUUACUAUGCAUAAAAAUGGCGCUGAUCUUUGUUGAAUAAUUUGAGUUUACACCAAAUUUCGGGUUAUCGACCAGACGACUUAUUGACUUAUCUUUCCGGAUUUUGACCCCCGCCCAUCAUCAGGUAUAAAACGCAGGCAGCUGUACCGUAAAUUUCGAGGGAUUGCUCACUCGCAAAUUCGGUGGCACGACAAUUUCCAAAAGGAAUCGAUUUCUUGUGAUUUUUACUGCGAUUCUCGUGAUUUCCGAAUCAAUGAGAUCACCUGCGACAUAUAUUGACAAUAAUUAAUUUACGAUUAAGGCCACGACGGUACUCAAUCAAUAAUGUAGAUUAUUAAAUAAAUUGGAAUUCCCAGCGAUUCCCCAAAUGA